GCCAGCGAAGCGGCUAUGAAGAGACCUAAUAUUUUGCUUACUGGUACCCCGGGUGUUGGGAAAACCACAUUAGGGAAAGAGCUUGCUGCAAAAACAAAUUUGAUUUUCGUUAAUGUUGGUGAUGUGGCCAAAGAAGGGCAAUUAUAUGAAGGUUAUGAUGAAGAGUAUGACUGCCCAGUGCUGGAUGAAGAUCGGGUAAUUGACGAACUGGAAGAUAAGAUGACUGAUGGCGGCAUUAUAGUUGAUUAUCACAGCUGUGAUUUUUUUCCUGAGCGCUGGUUUAAUAUAGUAUUUGUGCUUCGUACUGAAACCUCUUUCCUGUAUGACAGAUUGGAAAGCAGGGGAUAUAGAGGGAAAAAACUUCAGGACAACCUUCAAUGUGAGAUAUUUCAGACUAUUUAUGAAGAAGCCAUGUCCUCUUACAAGGAAGAUAUUGUACACCAGUUGCCCAGCAACACUCCAGAAGAUAUGGAGCGGAAUUUAGAUCAGAUUAUACAGUGGAUUGAACAAUGGAUAAAAGACAACAACUGAAAACAAUUAGGAUAGUCAUCAAAAGAGCUUCAUGAAAUAAAAUUUGUUUUUGUGUAGGUAAAUUAACUGAUGCUUCAGUCACUGGGGAAACCAGAAUAGCUACCUCUGUGAGAAAAUAAGA